GUGAAAGAUUGGUUCUUUCCUGCUUUCUUGGUGCCAGGGAUGUGAAGUCUCGUGGGGCUCGUGGUCUUAGGAGUGGCGCCGUGAGCUGUGCUGCUCGCGGUGGGAUAAGGAUUGGUGUGGCCUUUAUCUUCUCCGGAUUUUGGAUAAGCUGGAGCUGGUGGUUUUGGGGGGAUUGGAUUUCUUGCGGUUCUGAUCCGGGCUUAGUUUGCUUCCUGCGGGGCGACGAUUUGCUUCCUGGGACAAUGGGAUUUACCACAGUGAUUUAUUGCCUUCUUAGGAGACCCCGUAUCAUCCGAAUUGUCCAGUGUCUCUCAAAAUCUUCUCCUUGGUUAUCUGCAAGAAAUCCGUUCUCUCCUUCUCAAGGCAUCAAAUCCCCAAAAUCUGGGCUCUUUUAGCGUUAUCGUUAAGAGGGCGCGGUAAUUCUUGUUUACCACGUAACAUCGGUGGAUGGGGAGCCUUUGGUAAACGAGGGUAUUGGAUUCGGUGACUUGGAAUGUAUAUCCUUAUCCAAAUCGGCGUAUUUUCUUUCCCUGGUAGACAGGGAUAGCCUAGCGAUGCAUAUAUAUUCCGUGCUCAGUAGGGAGGCAUAUUUACCGAUAUUUUUAAGCUGAGGAAGGCAUAUUCAGUGGUUAUCAUUAGCCUUGACCAAGGGUUUGAGCGUUCAUUAGUUCUUUGGCUGGAGGCAAAGGUCAGUCUGGGUUGGGUCAGAGGCGGUAGAGGCUGCAGUGUUUUUGCGUCCGAGUUGUUUGGAUUACUUGCCGUCAGUUUGUGGUUUGGUGUGGAAUUCACCAGAGAUGGAUUUCUUCAGUGAAUAUGGCGAUGCCAACAGAUACAAAAUUCUGGAAAUCAUUGGUAAAGGAAGCUACGGGGUUGUUUGCUCAGCUAUUGACCAACAUACUGGUGACAAGGUAGCAAUCAAGAAAAUACAGAAUAUCUUCGAGCAUCUAUCUGACGCCGCUAGGAUCCUUCGUGAGAUCAAGCUUCUCCGGCUUAUAAGGCAUCCUGAUAUUGUUGAGAUCAAGCAUGUAAUGUUACCUCCAUCGAGGAGGGACUUCAGAGACAUUUAUGUUGUCUUUGAACUGAUGGAUACCGACCUGCACCAAGUUAUUAAGGCUAACGCUGACUUAACAAAGGAACACCAUCAGUUCUUUCUCUAUCAGAUGCUUCGUGCGUUGAAAUAUAUACAUACUGCUAAUGUCUAUCAUCGUGAUUUAAAGCCAAAAAAUAUAUUAGCAAAUGCUAACUGCAAACUCAAGAUAUGUGAUUUUGGACUAGCAAGAGUUGCGUUUAAUGACUCUCCUACCACAGUUUUCUGGACGGACUAUGUUGCCACUAGAUGGUACAGGGCUCCUGAGCUGUGUGGGUCUUUCUUUUCAAAGUAUUCACCAGCUAUUGAUAUAUGGAGCAUCGGUUGCAUUUUUGCAGAGAUUUUGACUGGAAAGCCUUUAUUCCCUGGUAAAAAUGUGGUUCACCAGUUGGAUUUGAUGACUGAUCUCUUGGGCACACCAUCAACAGAUACUAUUUCACAGAUUCGAAAUGAGAAAGCAAGGAGAUAUCUGAUCAGCAUGAGGAGGAAACAGCCGAUACCCUUUUCAGAGAAGUUCCCCAAUGCAGAUCCUUCAGCACUCAAGCUCUUACAAAGGCUUCUAGCAUUUGAUCCUAAGGAUCGACCGACUGCUGAAGAGGCGUUGGCUGAUCCCUAUUUUAAAGGUAUUGCAAAAGUGGAGAGGGAACCAUCCUGCCAGCCAAUUUCGAAAAUGGAAUUUGAGUUUGAAUGGAAAAAGUUUACCAAAGAGGAUGUCAAGGAACUUAUAUUCCGAGAGAUACUCGAGUACCAUCCUCAACUACUUAAGGAUUACAUGAACGGCUCUGAAAAAACAAGCUUUCUAUAUCCCAGUGCUGCUGACAAUUUCCGGAGGCAAUUUGCUAGCUUAGAAGAAAAUGGAGGGAGGAAUGGCGCACUCAACAGGAAGCAUGUUUCUCUCCCAAGGACUACAACCGUUCACUCCACUCCAAUUCCUCCAAAGGAAGGUCCGGCUGCAACCUCCCAGGCUCCUCAAAGGAUUCCAACAGCUAGACCAGGAAGAGUGAUUGGCCCAGUAAUACCAUCUGAAAAUGCAAGCGUCACCGAUCCACACAAUGCACAAAGGGUGGUAAGGAACCCAGCGGUUGCUUCAGCAACCACCAACUCAUCAAACUACUGCUACCACCUGAAGUCAGAUUGCUCUGACAGGCAGCAGCACGAGCUUGAGAAAGACCGUAUGCAGUAUAGGUCAGGGCAACAUCUUAUGGAUGCCAAGGCGGUGCCUGAGAUGGCCCAGGACAUGCGGUCGUCACGGUACUAUGUUUCGAGGGGUGUACCCAAAGCUGAUCUAACAGACAGGGCUGCCCUACAUGGCAUUGCUCCCUUCAAUGGGAUCACGGCGGUCGCCGGUGCUCUUCACUAUGGAGUUACAGGUUUGUACUAGAGCAAAUGGCCAGGCGGUUCAUUGUGCUUGCCCUUGCUAGAGGUUGAGGGUAAUAAGAUGGGAACCAGAGCACAGCUCCAGCUGCCCUUCCAGUUGGAAAUUCAGAGCACGGACGCGGUGCGUGCUUGAUCAACGAUGCAAGCGUACGUGAAGGAUUUUCAGGCUGGGAAAAUGGCGAGCGCCGCCGUUGUUGCUGUUGUUUGAUGAGCAAUGGGCCAGUGAGCUCGCGCCGAUCUUGUGUUCUUCCUGAUGCCCCCCAAAAGUGAAGGGGGGGAUGAAAGGGCGGGGUGUGGCUUUGGAAGAACGGGGAUGAAUUGUGGAUAUGUGUAUAUGACAAUUUGUAUUGACAACACUUCAUUUUGUAUUUAACUAAUUAAAAUGUUCUGCUUCAUUGCUACACAUUUAAAUCA